AUGAAGCUGAGAUUGUACCCCCUCGGCUCCGGAAUCCUCUUCUCCUACCCUGAACUCGCCACGAUCACGGGAAUCCAGGGCGUCAUGGUCUACGCCCUCGCGUCGUCGUUCCCGCUCCUUAUCUUCGCCAUCCUGGGCCCCAUUAUCCGCCAAAAGACGCCGGAAGGGUUUGUCCUGACGGCGUGGACGAGACAGCGCUAUGGUACCAUUGCCAUGCUGUACCUCAGCUUCAUGACGCUUGUCACGCUGUUCCUGUACAUGGUCGCCGAGCUGUCCGCCAUCGGCCAGGUCGUCAAUGCCCUUACGAGCCUGGACGGGCUGCCCGUCAUGAUUGUGCAAUGCGUCAUCACCACCAUUUACACCUCCCUCGGCGGUUUCCGCAUCUCCUUCCUGACAGACAACCUUCAAGGAGCCAUGGUCAUCUGCCUCAUCGUUAUCGUCGCCAUCGCAAUGGGUGUCAAGACGGACAUCGACACAUCCCUGAUCGAGAGCUCCGGCCUCCUGAAGCCCACUCUUCUUGGCUGGCAGCUCCUCUACAUCCUCCCAGUCUGCAUCCUCACCAACGACUUCUUCCUCUCAGGCUUCUGGCUGCGCACCUUCGCCUCCAAGACGGACAAGGACCUGCGCGUUGGCGUCUCCAUCGCCGUCGUGGUCAUCCUCUGCAUCCUCACCAUGGUCGGUGUCACGGGUCUCGUCGCCGCCUGGUCCGGCGCCCUGCCGCUUGAUCAGAUUGCCGAGAACGGCUCCAUCGCCUUCUUCCUACUGCUGCAGCGGAUGCCCGCUUGGGUCGUUGCCAUUGUGUUGGUCAUGGUCUGCACCCUCUCCACCGCCGCCUUCGACUCCCUGCAGUCCGCCAUGGUCUCCUCUGCCUCUAACGACCUGUUCCGCAACCGCCUCAAUAUCUGGUGGAUCCGUGGCGCCGUUGUGCUCAUCAUCGUUCCCACCGUCGUCAUUGCGCUCAAGGCCCCGUCCGUGCUGCAGAUCUACCUCAUCAGCGACCUGGUCUCCGCGUCCGUCAUCCCCGUCUUGGUGUUUGGCCUUACGGACCGAUUUUACUGGUGGCGCGGCUUCGAGGUGGUCGUUGGUGGCCUCGGUGGCAUACUGACCGUCUUCCUCUUCGGCAUUGUCUACUACAACGGCGAUGCCCAGAAGGCGGGCAACCUGCUGAUCGUCUCUGAAGGGUUGUACGCCAAUGACUGGAGCGUGUUCGGUGCCUUCGUUGCCGCCCCUGUCGGUAGCUUCCUAUGGGGGUUCGCCGCGCUGGGCUGCCGUCUCGCCUUCCAGUACAUCAUGGCCAAGAAGAGCGGCCGCCGCUUCGACGCCCUUGAUCGCCCCAUCGGCCCUGUUUUCACCCCCGAUGCGGACGGCGCUCCUCGCUACAUUGAGAGGGACGAGUACGAGGCUACCUCCGACGUCGAGGUUGUUAAGCCCGCUGGGAAGUUCUUCUAG